AUGAAAACAAAUAUUGCGAUUUUAGUUGCAGCUGAUGAAUUAUGUCUUAACGACCUGUGUACUUUUAUUGAAGAUUAUCUUCUUGAUGACGAAUCAUUAUUAAAACAGAAUUUUGUUCUCAUUCAAGAUGUUAUAACUAAAUUUACCCAAUUUGGUAAAUUGGUCCAAUUCUAUAAUAUUUCUAUUCAACAAGAUCCCUCAUUAAUCUUUAAAGCAGAUGAUUUUGCAACAAUCAAACAAGAAAUUCUUCUUAAAAUUCUUGUGGAAAACAAUCAUUCUGAAAAAUUUAUUAUAGUUUGGGAUAAAUUAUUAGAAUGGGGUAUUGCGCAAUCCGAUGAAUUACCGUCAGAUACUUCAAAUUGGACGCAUAAUGAAGUAUUAAUAAUUGGAACAAUUAUUCAACCAUUUAUACCAUAUAUUAAUUAUAAGGAAAUUAGUCCCGCAGAUUUCGUUCAGAAAGUCAAGCCAUUCAAGAAUGUCUUCGAUAUUGAUUUCUAUGUUAUUGAUUCUAGGAUAAUUAAUUCUGACCAAGCUCCUUUACUUGGUAAUUUAAUUAAAAUGGCGAAAAAAGAUAACUAUAAUACUUCUUAUGAUUUUAAACUACUCGUCCGUGGAAGUAGAGAUGGGUUUGAAGUAAAAAAUUUUCAUAAAUUUUGUGACGAAAAAGGACCUACAAUUGUUAUUGCCAGCGUUAAGGAUACAAACGAAAUACUUGGAGGAUUUAAUCCUUUAAAUUGGACAUCAGUUACUGGUUUUAACAAAACUAAAGAUAGUUUUAUUUUUUCACUGGACCAAAACAAAAAAAGUUUCAUCUUCAGUAAAGUUGUUGAAGAGCGGUAUGCGAUUUUUAAUAAUCGUGAAACUGGUCCAGAUUUUGGACGUAGGUCAUCUGAUUUAAGAUUGCGAAUACCAAUUAAAAAAGGUCAAUGUUACAUGAAUAGCUAUGAAAAGCUAAUUAGAAAAAAUGAUGGAGGAUUCGAAAUAAAAGAAUACGAAGUAUUCCAAGUAAUAGAAAAAUCAACUUGA